AUGUUAAGAGUUAAGGCAAAAAUAACGUUUGAAGAUGCUAUUAAAAGUAAAGCUGACAAAGUUGAACUCGAAGCAACGAACAAAGUUUUGAAAUCUCAUAAACACAACAUCUCCGAUAUAAAUGAACUUCAAGCUACAUUAGACAGUAAAGCUGACAAGAACCAUACACAUAA